AAAAAUCGCUCAACCUGUGUGCGAAAUUCGCAGUUUUUGUACACCUGAGAUCGCAGUCCUGGUCAUACCUGCCUGAACUUUUACCCUUCGCAGCUCUCUAAUUUCCCGCAAUCUUUUAUAACAUCACAUUCGACUGAGUGUCAUCUUCUCCAGUAACCGUUUACUUUCCAUGACGCACCAAAACAAUCGCUCUGAACAAGCUUUAGAGCUAACUGACCGAGCUUCUUCGUCCAACUACCCACCCACUCCGCUUAUGCACACUGAGACUGAAGCUGCCCUAGGUCAACAAGGAUUACAACCAACGUACGCUAUGGAACUUGGCCUCGAUUCUAUUCCACAUGGUUGCUAUGGAACAAUGAUGAAUACAAUUGGAGCAGUCUUGGGAUUCUGUGGAUCGAUUCCUUGUAUAGUCUGCUGUCCCAAUCCGUAUAAACGUAUCCCACAAGGCUACGUUGGUCUUGUUACCCGCUUCGGCAAAUUCUACAAGUGUGUGGACCCUGGUCUGGUCAAGAUCAAUCCCGUUACCGAGAAAGUCAGAAAGGUUGAUAUCAAAAUUCAAAUCAGCGAAAUUCCGGAGCAAGAGAUUAUGACACAGGAUAAUGUCAAUGUCAAAAUAGAGUCUGUCCUCUUCUGGCACGUUAUGGAUCCUUACCAAUCCCAAUACGCAGUAACAGAUGUUGAGAGAGCUCUUACAGAAAGAACACAAACGACACUUCGACACAUUCUCGGUGGCAAGGUGCUACAGGAUGCUAUUGAAAACCGGGAAGCUAUUGCUGGAGAGAUCCAAGACGUUAUCGAACCCUCCGCGAGAUUGUGGGGUGUCAAGAUUGAAUCCAUCCUUAUUAAAGACAUCAUGUUUUCUCCUGAACUCCAAGCGUCACUAUCUUCAGCGGCACAGGCUAAGCGUGUCGGAGAGUCUCGUGUCAUUGCUGCGAAGGCUGAAGUAGAUGCCGCCAAAUUAAUGCGAGAUGCCGCCAACAUCUUAAAUACUCCAGCUGCUAUGCAAAUUCGAUAUCUUGAAACUCUAAGCUCCAUGGCUAAAAACGGGCAGGGACCAAAGACUAUCUUCAUGCCACUCGAUGCUUCGAACAAGAUGGAUAUGAGACUUGGUCAACCUAGUGGAUCCCAACCUAUGUAACCUAAUUAUUCAUUCACUCAAAUUCUUUAUAUCUAUCUAAUUACUGUAGCCUUGUCUUUCAACGGCAGAAGAUUUAGGCUGAAGUUUUAAUACAGUAGUGAGCUUAAAAUUUUCGUAAUAAUUUCGCUUGAUCCGUAG